AUGAACUGCCCCUUGUGUAACGUGCAGAUGUCACAUUCUGGCCUAGCUGAUUUGCUUGAGCCAUUGUUGGCAUUGAAAGCCGAAGUGACUCAAAAAGCGAACAUGCGGCUUGAAUUCGAUGGCCUCCUGGGCUGCACUGCCCUAACCGAUCCUCAGAGUGAAUACUUCGGUCGCCCAGAAGAAUACGCCGUGGAUCGGUACAUGUACGUGCUGUGUAACAUCUGCCAAAAGGCGUACUUCGGUGGUGAGAGUCGUUGUCAAAUGGCUCUCCAAUCGUUUCAAUACAACGCCGCUGAGCUGGUCUGUGGUGGAUGCUCUGCGCCGGCGGGUACUGAGGUUUGCGGCCGUCACGGUGCUGAAUAUCUAGAGUACAAGUGCCGAUAUUGCUGUUCCAUUGCCGUCUACUUUUGCUUCGGUACAACGCAUUUCUGUGCAGCUUGCCAUGAAGACUUCCAACGUCUCGUCUGUCUGCCUCGGAACCAAUUCCCCCCAUGUCCAACUGGUCCCAGAGCGACUCCGGGUGAAGGACCGUGCCCAUUGCGACGACCACAUCCACCGGCUGGCGAGGAAUUCGCGCUCGGUUGUGGCAUAUGUAGAAAUAUCAGCACUUUCUAG